CACUGGAAACAAAGAAAAGAAGGAAAACCACGAGAUUGCGUAAAGAGAUGCCCCUCUUGAUGAUUCACUGGCUGUUACUGUUAUCAUUAGCAACUGCAGCGGCAGUAGCAGCAUUACCACCAAUACCUCUUGCCAAACCUGGUUGCCCAUACAGUUGCGGGAACCUCAGCAUCCCAUACCCAUUUGGCACUCGCAAAGGGUGCUUCCUAGAUGAUACUUUCUUCAUAAACUGUACUGCCACCAAUAAUAGUACGCCAUUUUUGCGACAUGGAAACAUAACAGUCCUGGACAUAUCACUUGAUGAUGGUCAGCUUCGAAUCUUCUACCCGGCGGCCCACGAUUGUUAUGCCAAGAACGGGAGCCGGGUUUCCCAUCUUACAACGUCGACCCAAUUUUCCGCAUUCACCCUCUCAUUUUCCCGGAACAAGUUUAUGGCAGUAGGUUGUGACACUUAUGCAUGGGUUAAAGGUUCCUUGGGACAUAGCUACGCCACUGGAUGUUUGUCACUCUGUUACACAAAGGAUUCAGUGGUUAAUGGGUCUUGCUCUGGUAUUGGUUGCUGCCAAACCUCCAUACCUAAAGGCGUAUGGGAUUUCAAUAUUACUGUGACAAGCUAUGACAACCACACACAAGUAAUGGACUUCAACCCCUGCAGCUACGCCUUUGUUGUUGAAGAUGGUAUGUAUAAUUUUUCUUCAUUAGAUCUUGUUAAUUUACAAAACAAAAAGGAGUUCCCUGUGGUACUUGAUUGGUCAAUCAGAAAUAAGACAUGUAAAGAAGCUAGAAAGAACAAAACAGCUUAUGCAUGUAAGGAUAACAGUGUGUGCCGUGACUCUGAUAAUCCACCUGGGUAUCGCUGUUACUGCUUCAGUGGUUACAAGGGGAAUCCUUACCUCUCCAAUGGUUGCAAAGAAAUUGAUGAGUGCCGGGAUUCUAGCCUCAACAAUUGCACAAGUUCCAAAAAUUGUCUAAACACAGUGGGAAACUAUACAUGUUUCUGUCCCAAGGGUUCCUAUGGCGACGGAAGAAAAGAUGGAACAGGUUGUACUGCUAAAAAUAAACAAUCAUUGUGGACGAAAGCUAUCAUCGGUGCAAGUAGUGCCGUUUCCCUUCUAUUUGUGAUCAUCGCAUUUGUAUCAUGGGGACUUCAAAGAAGGAAAAUCAACGAGCUUAAAAAGAAAAACUUCAGAGACAAUGGUGGGCCAGUUUUGAAACAAUUACUCUCCAAGAUUGAAAGAACUGCAGAGAAAGCUAAAAUUUUCACCGAAGAUGAACUCAAAAAGGCAACCAAUAAUUUUAAUGCAAGUCAAAUUGUGGGCAAAGGAGGGUUUGGGAUAGUUUACAAAGGAACUUUAGAUAAAAAAUUAGUAGCAAUCAAAAAGUCCAGAUUUAUGGACCAUGAUCAGAUUGAACAAUUUGUUAACGAGGUGUUCGUUCUCUGCCAAAUCAAGCAUCCAAGCGUGGUAAAACUCAUAGGUUGUUGCUUGGAAACAUCGGUUCCCUUAUUAGUAUAUGAGUUCAUUGGCAACAAGACCCUCCAUUACCACAUACACAAUGAAGUUGGUGGGUCCUCCAUGCCAUGGAAAACUCGUCUGAGGAUUGCAGUGGAAACUGCAGAUGCACUUGCACAUAUGCACUCUGACGCUCCUAUACAUAUCAUUCAUAGAGAUGUUAAAUCUGAAAACAUACUUCUUGAUGAUGAAUUCCAAGCCAAAGUAUCCGAUUUCGGAGUUUCAAGAUUGGUUCCUUUGGAUCAAACUCAGCUAUCUACAUUGGUUCAAGGAACACUUGGAUACAUAGAUCCUGAAUACUUACUUACAAGCUUGUUGAAUGAAAAGAGUGAUGUGUAUAGCUUCGGGGUUGUCCUUUUAGAGCUAUUGACAGGACAGAAAGCACUUUCUUCUGAUAGGCCAGACAAGGACAAAAGUCUGGCUGCCUUUUUCCUUGACUCAAUGAAAGAGGACCGCCUAUUUGAAAUUCUCCAUGAACGAGUGAGAAAUGAAGGAAACUCGGAGCAGCUUAAGGGGGUUGCUGAGCUCGCAAAACGCUGCUUAAGAAUCAAGGGACUGAAAAGGCCUACAAUGAAGGAAGUAAAAAGUGAGCUUGAGGAACUAAUGAUGGGCAAAUACGUUCAUGUUGAAGUUGCCACUGAUAUUGAAGAGACAGAGCCCCUGCUUGGUCCACCAACCAAGUCCUGCAACACUAGCGUAUCGCUUGGGCCUGAUAGCAUAAAGUUUCAAGCAGCCAUGCAGUUAGAGAGUGGACGUUGACGAUCCUCAAUAUACAUAAAUAUAAGUUGUAUGAUUAUGUCUAAACUCCACUACGAGUACUAUGUGUUUGUCUUUGUUUAUGUAUGUGUAAUUUGAUGUGAGACACAAUAUUGCAUUUGUGCAAUAACCUCAAAAUCUACCAAGCUGAAUGUUUUGAAUCAAUAUAAUCCGCUUUCAGACGUAA